AUGUUCUCUCCCGGAACCAAGCGACCCAAUGCGAACCCUCGCCGGGAUCUAGGAUCUCCGGCCACGCCCCUCACCGAGAACCUCGGGCCCGGCUCGGACAACUCUUUCCCGAAUCGGCCUAGCACCGGCACCCCGGCUCCCUGGGCUCCUCGCUUAUCUGUUCUCGCCAGGGUUUUACCGGCGAACCAAAAUGAAAAGGGGGAUGAAACUAAGCCCGUCUUUGUCGGAGAGUUUCCGCAAGUUGUUCGUGAUGGACAGGCCAAUAUGCUGCAGAAGCAUGCUCAUGGUGAUGCAUAUGUAUCCGGUGGAAUGGAGAGGGGAACAUCCCUGACAUGGAUUAUAUGCGGAAACAGACUCUUUGUGUGGAGUUAUCUGUCUCCUGCAGUGUCGACGAAUUGCAAUGUUCUUGAAAUUCCUUCGAAUGUCUUUGAAGGUCGGGAUGUUGGCAGGAGUGGUGGGAACUGUUGGUUGCUUUGUGUUGUGAAUUGGGAUAGCGCAUCCACGAGAACAAAGAAAGUUGUAAAACAUUGUAGCUCCGCUGGUAUUGUACUGUGUCACAAGAAAACUCGAGCUGUUGUGUACUGGCCUGAAAUUUAUGCUGAAGAGAGAACUGACCCCGUUGUUAGUGUUGCAUCUGCUGAUGAAUUGGAGAUGAAUUCUUCACCUAUUGAUAGGAAGACCACACCAAAGCAGCAACAACCGAUCAGCAGGCACAGGGGUAGUUUGACUGGGUUUUUUACAUUUAACUCUUUGAUUGCUUCUGCAGUCCCUGAUUCCCAGGAUGUGUGCGUUGCACUUACCUGUAGUUCAGAUGGCCAGCUAUGGCAGUUUCAUUAGCCCUCUGGUGUUAGCCGCAAGAAAGUAUAUCUGGACGAUCAAACUCUUCCCUCCCUAGGGGGUGACAAUGUUCAAAUUUUAGGAAGCAAAGGCUAUCCAAGGUCACUGACCUGGUGUUUCCCAAAUCUUCAAAUUCAGGACUCUAACCGGCGGUUUUUUCUUCUGACAGAUCGUGAGAUUCAAUGCCUUAGUAUUGAACUUGGUGCUGAUUUCAUUGUGUCAAAGCUCUGGUCUCAUGAGAUUAUUGGCUCAGAUGGUGAUUCGGGAAUUAAGAAAGAUUUGGCCGGGCAGAAGCGAAUCUGGCCGCUUGAUAUGCAGGUAGACUAUCACGGUAAAGUGACUACCAUUCUAGUUGCCACCUUCUGCCUGGACCGGGGUAGUAGUUCCAGCUACACACAGUAUUCUCUUUUGACCAUGCAAUACAAAUCUGGAAUCAGUUUAGAGAAAAAAGCUCCUGUCCAAGUGAUAAUCCCAAAAGGAAGAGUAGAAGAGGAAGACUUCUUAUUCUCCAUGAAACUGCGAGUAGGAGGUAAGCCUCAAGGAUCAGCAAUCAUACUUUCUGGUGAUGGGACGGCAACAGUAUCCCAUUACUUUAGAAAUUCUACACGGCUUUAUAAAUUUGACCUACCUUAUGAUGCUGGUAAGGUUCUAGAUGCUUCAAUUCUUCCAUCUACAGAUGAUGGUGAAGAAGGGGCAUGGGUUGUGCUUACUGAGAAGGCUGGGAUAUGGGCAAUACCCGAGAAGGCUGUUAUACUUGGUGGGGUUGAACCUCCUCAACGAAGUUUGUCACGUAAAGGUAGCUCAAAUGAAGGAUCUGCACAAGAAGAGAGAAAGAACCUCUCAUUUUUGGGCAAUAUUGCGCCUAGAAGGGCUACUUCUGAAGCUUGGGAUGCUGGAGAUAGACAAAGGGCUACGACUGUAACUGCACGUCAAACUGCUCAAGAUGAAGAAUCAGAAACUUUACUUAGCCAGCUGUUCCAAGAUUAUCAUUUAUCUGGGCAAGUUGAUGCCUCAUUUGAAAAGCUAAAAAGAUCUGGGGCAUUCGAAAGGGAUAGAGAGACGAAUGCUUUUGCACGAAUGAGCAAAUCAAUUGUUGACACUUUAGCGAAGCACUGGACAACAACUAGAGGAGCUGAGAUUUUAGCAAUGGCUGUUGUAUCCUCCCAACUCAUGGAUAAGCAACAGAAGCACGCAAAGUUUCUCCAGUUUCUUGCUUUAUCCAAAUGUCAUGAGGAGCUGUGUUCAAGACAGAGACAUUCUUUGCAAAUUAUCUUGGAACAUGGUGAGAAGCUUGCUGGAAUGAUUCAACUAAGGGAAUUGCAGAACAUUAUCGGCCAGAACCGCUCCCGUGGACGUAGCCCAUCCCGUUCUAGUCCAGAAAAUCAAAUAUCAGGAGCUCUCUGGGAUCUUAUCCAGUUAGUUGGUGAGCGAGCGCGCCGGAAUACUGUUCUUCUGAUGGACAGGGACAAUGCUGAAGUAUUUUACAGUAAAGUUUCAGAUCUUGAACAAGUUUUCGAUUGCUUAGACAAACAGCUAGAGUAUGUAAUAAGUGCAGAGCAGCCAUUUGAGAUUCAGGUUCAGAGAGCUUGUGAACUGUCAAAUGCAUGUGUUACUAUAGUUCGUACAGCCAUGCAAUACAGAAGUGAGCAUCACUUAUGGUAUCCACCACCUGAGAGCUUGACACCUUGGUAUUCUCAAGCUGUGGUACGCAAUGGGAUGUGGCACCUCGCUUUCCUCAUGCUGCAGCUGUUAAAGGAGGCAUCUCAACUUGACGUGUCUGCCAAAUUAGAUUUAUAUACUCAUCUGGAAGCGCUGGCUGAAGUUUUGCUGGAGGCAUAUGCUGGUGCUGUCACAGCUAAAGUUGAACAAGGAGAUGAACACAAAGGCUUAUUGGAUGAGUAUUGGAAUAGGAGGGAUGCACUUCUAGACACCCUUUAUCAACAAGUCAAAGAAUUUGUGGAAGCUGGGCAUCAGAAUUUAAAUGAAGGAACUGAGGAUCUAAAAGACGAAAUUCUUGCUAGGCUUUCAUCAUGUUUGUUGCCCAUGGCAAAACGGCAUGAAUGCUACAGUACAUUAUGGAAAAUUUGCUGUGACCUAAAUGAUUCUGGACUACUAAGAAAUCUGAUGCACGACAGCAUGGGGCCUAAUGGAGGGUUCAGUUACUAUGUGUUCAAACAACUCUAUCUGAGAAGGCAAUAUUCCAAACUUCUAAGGCUUGGGGAAGAGUUUCAUGAAGAGCUAUCCAUAUUUUUAAAGUAUCAUCAAGACCUUCUGUGGCUUCAUGAAGUUUACCUUCAUCAAUUUUCCCCAGCUUCGGAAACUCUUCAUGAAUUAGCUCUUUCUCAAGCCGAAAACUCAAUUUCCGAGGCUGAAGAGGGGACCGGUCCUACGUAUCUGACUAUGUUACCGAAACUGGCAGACAGAAAGCGUCUUUUGAACCUCUCAAAAAUAGCUGCAAUAGCAGGUAAAGAUGCUGAUUCUGAGACCAAAGUGAAGCGCAUUGAGGCUGAUUUGAAGAUUCUAAAGUUGCAGGAAGAAAUACUAAACCUCCUUCCUGAUGAUGAAACAAAGCAAAGCCUUGACACAAAGCUACUUCAUCCGGAAGAUCUUAUCAAGCUGUGCCUUGAAGGUGAAAGCGCAGAGCUUUCAUUGCGGGCUUUUGAUGUUUUUGCAUGGACCAGCCCCUCUUUCCGUCAGACCCACGCAAACCUUUUGGAGCAUUGCUGGAGAAACGCUGCUGAUCAAGAUGAUUGGAGUCAACUCUAUCAAGCAUCAGUAUCCGAAGGGUGGGGUGAUGAAGAAACCUUGCAGAACCUGAAAGACACUGUGCUCUUCCAGGCUUCAAACAGAUGCUAUGGACCCGAAGCUGAAACUUUUGGAGAAGGGUUUGAGGAAGUGUUGCCGCUGAGACAAGAAAUCGCAGAGCCUACAGUCAUGAAAGAUACAGUUUCUUCUGUGGAAGCCAUACUCAUGCAGCAUAAAGAUUACUCCGAGGCAGGCAAGCUAAUGCUGACCGCAAUCAUGUUGGGUAGCUUACAGGAUGAUACCGAAGAAGGUCCUGUGCCUAUGGAGUAACACAGUUGAUUAGCAUGAAUCACGGUGAGGAGUUUUCGGAGGUCUCCCGUACCUCUAAAUUCGUAGGUUACUAGUCCAUAUGGUUUAAAACUUCGCUUUCUUUUUACCCUUGGCGAAAUUCUCCAACGAAGUUUAUAGGAAUAUUUGUCGAUAUACGUAUCUAAUGCUAUACCGGUUUUCUGGUAGGAAAAAUAUAUUUGAAGAACGUAGUGAGUUUUCUUUCAAUGUAUUUGUCGAUAUACUA